AUGGAGGAUGCAAGUGCCAAUCAGUGGCAAUUUCCUCUUUCACUGGAGGAUAAGCCGAGACUGCGCAAACUAACAGUCAGUGCGAGAGAGGGAGACCUUGGGGACAAAGCAAGGAGAGGCGGAGAGCAGAAGCUUGCUUCGAUUGCCAUGGGCGACGUGAGCGAAACGGAAAAAACAAAAUCUGUUGCUAAUUGGGAAGCAGAAGACCAGAUCUCCAAUCGUGUAAAGAAAAUGAAACGCAGCCCUCAAGGACGUUAUCUGGGCAUCAGCAGAAUGCAGUACUUGACGAUUGGAUUUUUCAUGCUGAGCCAGUUCCUGGUUAAGGCCUUCAAUGUCCCUCUGGAAGAGCUGGAAAAUGGAGGCCACCAUUGGAUCGUUCUUGUUGCUGGCUCAAAUGGCUGGUAUAACUACAGGCAUCAGGCAGAUGUGUGCCAUGCCUACCAGAUUGUCCACCAGCAUGGUGUUCCAGAUGAUCGUAUUAUCGUCAUGAUGUUUGAUGACUUAGCGCAGAGCGAUGACCAUGCAGUCUCUGCAAGUACUGAUCUGAACAACCUUCCCAGGGUUUGCACUGAAUUCCUUUUCCUCGUGGGAAAGCACGUGACCCCAGAGAUCUUUUUGGCCGUCCUCCGAGGAGAUGCAGAAGCUGUGAAGGGAAAAGGUUCUGGCAAGGUUUUAAAAAGUGGUCCCAAAGAUCAUGUAUUUAUUUAUUUUGCUGAUCAUGGAGCAGAUGGAAUACUAGCCUUUCCCAAUGAUGAUCUUCAUGUCGAUGAGCUACAGAAGACUAUCAAAUACAUGCAUAGACAUAAGAAAUAUGCUAAGAUGGUGUUAUACAUUGAAGCUUGUGAGUCGGGGUCAAUGAUGGUGGAACUGCCAGAGGAUAUUAAUGUGUUUGCCACUACUGCUGCCAAUCCAGAUGAAUCCUCUUAUGCCUGUUAUUAUGAUGAAGCUCGAGACACCUAUUUGGGUGACGUGUACAGUGUUGUGUGGAUGGAAGACUCUGACCAGGAGGAUCUGAAAAAAGAAUCAUUGCAUCAACAAUUCAAAAUUGUAAAGAAAAGAACCAACACGAGCCAUGUGCAAGAGUAUGGGAAUCUGACACUUUCCCACAUGAAACUGAAUGCAUUUCAGGGUUCUAAGAAAGCACCGCCCAAGACGCAGCAUCCACGAGACAUUGUGGAUGCGGUGCCAAGCCCCGAUGUCCUGCUUGACAUCCUGAAGCGCAGAUACAUGGCAACAAAUGACAUUGUGCUGGCUCAGAAGCUGCUGACGGAGAUUAAUGUCCACCUGGAGAGGAAACAGUUAAUUCAGGAGACUAUGAAGAAGAUUGCUUCCAUCGUUACCCAAUCUGUGGAGCAAGCAGAUUGGAUUUUAAAUUCUCGCAGUCGGAUCCAUGAUCACGAGUGCUAUCAAACAGCAACUUACCACUUCAAAACCCGCUGCUUCAACUGGCACAAGCCACUGAAUGAGUACGCACUGAGACAACUUUAUGCUUUAGUCAAUCUCUGUGAAGGCUACUCAAUAAUCUUCAACAUCAGCAGAAACUACAGGCCGAUGAUUCCCCAUCAUACAUUAUGCAAAUUAGCAGGCGAUGUCAACAUUCUGAGUCGUAUUCUCGGGAUGAUUCCACUGAAAUACCGAAAUCAGCAACUAUAUCGUAACUGGGACGGCUAUGGUAGUAAAGCGGUCUAG